AUGUCGUUGGUCGAGGGUUUAAGAGGUAACUGCUCUCUGUGGCAUUACGAUGAUAUCACAGAGUGCGGGAGAAUCUUUUACAUUGACUACAUAAUACCUUUGGUGCUCUUCCUAGCUUUGCUAUUUUACGUGGGAUAUAACUAUCUGUCUAUGAACCUGUUGGUUGGGAAAUACUCUACAAUAGCCGCUUAUGCGGCAGGCUUGUUGCCACCGAACGAUUCGGAUGAGUCUUUGGACGAGGAGGAACCCCUUUUGACUGGAGGAGCUGAUGUAGGAGGACGUCGACGUUUACCUUAUGGAUCUAGUCGUCGUGCUAAGAAUGAGGGGCUAAAAGAGAAGCAUUUUUCGAUCGAGGAAUUGAAGCUUGUAGAUUCUGCUGGCCAAUCCCAUGGACACGUGGAAGUGGUAAGGCGAAACUUCAUGGAAAAAUCUCGAGUGAUUAUCGAGUGGUGUUUGUGCGGGGUACAAUUUUUUGUCCAGAUCGUUAUCGCUACUAUGUAUUACUACGGGAAUGCUCGAUACAGGGGAUUAUUUCCCUUACAUGCAUCCUUUGUGCGCAUUUUCCUUUGGGCUUCUUUACUAGGUAUAACCAGCGUGAGACUGAUGAAUGUUAAUGAUAAUGUGAAAUGGAUCAAUUCUUUUCCUGGUAAUCUUUGGGCAGCAUCUUUCAGUUCUUACUUAUUGCUUUUCUCGAGCUCUGUGAUGCCUUUUCGUUCUGUAUACAUCCAUGAAAUUGAUAACAGUGCGGCAACGUGGUUCUACAAGUCGCAGUAUUAUUUGGAUGGAUUGUUGUUCUUGAUACUAUUUACAGCUAAAAUUGGCAAUAAGCCAGCGUUGUUGUAUAGGACGUCUCCCGCCAUAACGCCAUCUCCAGAGCCUGUAGCGUCAAUUGCUUCCUUUAUAUCUUGGUCUUGGGUAAACAAACUUAUUUGGAAAGCCCAUUUACGGACUGUAAGGUUAGAGGACGUAUGGGGGUUGAUACUAGAAGACCACUCUAUUUUUGUGUUGAAGAGUUAUAGGAAAUUUGUUAAUGAAAGAAUUGGAAAGCCUAAGACUUUUUCACACAACUUGAUAUACUAUUUUAAGAACUAUUUGCUGUUGCAGGCUGUGUGGGCUUGUUUAGAUGGGUUUGCUGCCUUCAUCCCAACCAUUUUAUUGAGGCGAGUAUUGGAGUACGUAGAAGACCAAUCAACCGCGCCUCAAAAUUUAGCAUGGUUCUACGUAUUUUCGAUGUUUCUAUGCAGGGUUGUGGUUGCAAUUUGCCAAUCACAGGCACUAUUUUUUGGCCGGAGAGUUUGUGUACGCAUGAAGGCGAUUAUCAUCUCGGAGAUUUAUACAAAGGCUCUAAGAAGAUGUGUGUCCCCAUCUACAACAGUGGGAACUGAUGAAUCUGAGCAGUCAUCUGAAGAACAUGGUUCCGUAUACUAUGACUCUAAAACUGCCGCCAACCUUGGCGCUAUUAUCAAUUUAAUGUCUGUGGAUGCCUUCAAGGUGUCAGAAAUAUGUGCAUAUUUGCAUUCUUUUGUUGAGGCCAUAGUUAUGGCAAUUAUCGCAAUGGUUCUUCUAUACCGUUUGAUUGGUUUUGCAGCUAUAGUGGGUACAUUAUUUAUGUUGAUCAUCAUGCCGCUCAAUUUUAGAUUGGCUACUCGCCUGGGGAAACUUCAAAAAGAGGUGCUCGCGUUUACUGAUAAACGUAUCCAGAAGUUAAAUGAGACCUUCCAAGCGAUUAGGAUUAUCAAAUUCUUUUCCUGGGAGGAUAAUUUUGAACGCGACAUUCAAGCGAUUAGAGAAGAUGAACUUGCAGUUUUACUAAAGAGAAUUAUAGUCUGGUCGUUGUCAUCAUUUGUUUGGUUUAUUACCGCAACUUGCGUCACAACAAUCUCUUUUUCUUUCUAUAUCUAUGUUCAAGGUAAGGUGUUAACUACGCCUAUUGCAUUCACUGCUUUAUCCUUGUUCACCCUUUUGAGAAAUCCUCUAGAUCAGUUUGCGGAUAUGCUUUCAUUUGUGAUACAAUCUAAAGUCUCGUUGGAUAGAGUUCAGGAAUUUUUAAAUGAAGAGGAAACGACAAAAUAUGAGCAGUUAACGGUAAGCAACAGCAAGAUUGGAUUCGAAAAUGCCACGAUUUGUUGGGAUGACAGUCCAAUUAACUUUAGGUUGAGAAAUAUAAACAUUGACUUCAAAAUAGGUAAAUUGAAUGUUAUUAUCGGACCAACAGGAUCCGGUAAAACCUCUUUGUUGAUGGGCCUAUUAGGAGAAAUGAAAUUAAUGGAAGGUACCAUAUAUGUUCCAUCAUUAGAUCCCCGUGAGGAUUUGCUGGUUGACUCGGAUGGGAUGACUAACUCUAUCGCAUACUGUUCUCAAGCAGCAUGGUUAUUAAAUGAUUCUGUUCGUAAUAAUAUUUUGUUCAACACUGAAUACAAUGAAGAACGGUAUCAAGCAGUUAUUGAAGCUUGUGGUUUAAAACGGGAUUUCCAAAUAUUAGCAGCAGGAGAUCAAACAGAGAUCGGUGAAAAGGGUAUGACGCUUUCAGGAGGGCAGAAACAACGUGUUACAUUGGCCAGAGCACUUUACUCCUCUGCUAGACACUUGCUGCUAGACGACUGCUUAAGUGCUGUGGACUCACAUACAGCUCUGUGGAUAUAUGAAAAUUGUAUUGCCGGGCCAUUGAUGGAAGGUAGAACUUGUAUUUUAGUCUCUCAUAAUGUCGCCUUAGCUUUGAAAGAUGCAGACUGGGUUAUCAUCCUAGAACAAGGAAGGGUUGCGGAUCAGGGUGAACCAAUGGAUUUGCUAAACAAAGGUUCGCUUGGUGACGAUGGGUUAGUUAAGUCAUCUAUUCUUUCAAGAACUAAUUCGGCAGUAACCUUGAAACGUGGAGCUAGCACUCGGAAUUUAACUAACGGUGAUAAUAAUGGAUCCAGUGAGGCAUUAGCUGGUGUCUCCUCUAAUAAGGCUUCUACUAAUGAAGAUCGAAUCAAGGCUGGUAAAUUGGUUCAGGAUGAGAUGAAAUCAGACGGCGGAGUGAGUUUGGAUGUGUACUUGUGGUUUGCCCGUUUAUUUGGUGGUUUGAAGGUCAUAAUAAUUCUAGCCGCUAUCUUUGUCUGUGUCCAAGGCUUCUUCAUAGGUCAAUCUGUAUGGUUGAGGAACUGGGUUGGUAAUCACACUGGAUCUAAUGUCGCAAUGUUACACAGAACUUUGCCAAGUAACAUAAUGGAAAAACCAAGUUCAUGGUUCAAAACAGUUGAAAACUUAGCGGUCUUUUCAAACCCAACCCUUUCAACUAAUGAAUCUGUGGAUAAGCAAGGUGAACAUACAACUUUCUAUUAUCUUUCUCUCUAUUUCCUAAUUGGUGCAACUGGUGCCAUCGCUUCGUCCUUAAAAACUGUCAUUAAUUUCUGUGCCGGUUUGAAUGCAUCUAGAAAGAUAUUCAACCUAGUUUUAAAGAAAGUUCUAUAUGCAAAGUUGAGAUUCUUUGACGUCACUCCAAUUGGUAGAAUAAUGAACAGGUUUUCUAAAGAUAUUGAAUCUGUUGACCAAGAGUUAACUCCAUAUGCAGAGGGCGCGUUCGGUUCCUUAGUUCAAUGUCUUUCUACAGUCUUCUUAAUUGCAUACAUCACACCUGGAUUCCUUACCGUUGCAUUAUUUGUCACCAUAAUGUAUUACUUCGUGGGUUAUUUCUACUUAGUAGCUUCUAGAGAACUCAAAAGGUAUGAUUCGAUAACAAAAUCCCCAAUUCACCAACAUUUUUCAGAGACUUUAGUGGGUAUUACAACCAUUCGUGCAUUUGGUGAUGAGCGUCAUUUUAUUAAAGAAAAUUUGGACAAAAUCGAUGUGAACAGCAAACCAUUUUUCUACCUUUGGGUGACAAAUCGUUGGUUGGCAUUUAGGAUUGAUUUACUUGGCUCAUUGGUCAUUCUUGCAUCUGGUUUGUUUAUCUUACUAAAUGUCAAGAAUAUUGACGCCGGUUUAGCAGGUAUCUCGUUGACGUAUGCAAUAUCUUUUACUGAAGGUGCUCUUUGGUUCGUAAGAUUAUAUUCGAAUGUUGAAAUGACAAUGAACUCUGUCGAACGUUUACGUGAGUACAUGGUUGUUGAGCAAGAACCUUAUGAUCAAAAUGAAUUUAACCCGCCAGCAGAAUGGCCAAGUGUGGGAAAACUUGAAGUGAACAACUUAUCUCUUCGUUACGCUCCAAAUCUUCCAAAAGUUAUUCAGAAUGUGACUUUCACAGUUGAACCAAGAUCAAAAGUUGGCAUAGUAGGCAGAACAGGUGCAGGUAAAUCUACCAUAAUUACUGCUAUGUUUAGAUUCUUGGAACCAGACACUGGAACAAUAAAAUUGGACAAUAUUGAUAUAUCUUCCAUUGGUUUAAAAAGAUUACGUCAAUCUAUUACUAUCAUACCGCAAGAUCCGGUUCUAUUUGCAGGUACAAUCAGAAAUAACUUGGAUCCUUAUGGAGAAUACAGUACAGAGAGCAUAUUUGAAUCAUUAAAACGUGUUAACUUAAUUGAUCCUAGUGAAUCCGACCAUAUAGAUUCAAGCGCAUCGACCGGAUCGGAAAAUGUGAAUAAGUUUUUGAAUCUCGACACCGAAAUUACUGAAGGAGGAUCAAAUCUUUCUCAAGGGCAGCGCCAACUAGUGUGUUUAGCACGCUCGCUAUUGCGUAAUCCUAAAGUUAUUAUGCUAGAUGAGGCUACUGCAUCAAUUGACUACGCUUCGGAUAUUAAAAUUCAACAAACAAUAAGAGAAGAGUUUAGUAACAGCACAAUUUUGACAAUUGCUCAUAGACUAAGGUCCAUUAUCGAUUAUGACAAAGUUUUGGUCAUGGAUGCAGGAAAAGUUGAGGAGUAUGAUCAUCCUUACUCGUUGUUACUCAAUAAAGAGAGUACUUUCUACGAAAUGUGUGAAGAUAGUGGUGAACUUGAUGUACUUAUCCAGUUAGCCAAGGAAGCUUUUGUCAAAAGAUUGAAUUCUAAAUAA